AUGUCGAUACUCCUCAUGCCUGGAAUCCUUGAUCCGUUUAGAGAGCCACAUCUUGAGCCACCAUCCCUGUAUGGAGGGUACGUCGCAAUGUUUGGUACAAAACCAAGCGAUACGACCUCGUCAAGCCGCAAUGGCAUAGGGAAACGAAGCUCUGGAUCGACUAGCCUCAUUUCACUCCCGAGUGUGCCGUUGAGAGCUUCCGAAACACUAAUGGGCCCAGUCAAAGUCGGCUGGCACAAGACAGAAGUAUUAAAACAGCUUAUGAACAAGAAAGCUCCAAACAUAGUCACCGACCGGGAUCCGUGUUCUCAGACUGAGUCCUCUAUCCAUCACGAAGACUCCCCUGCAUCGAAGCCCUACGAUAGUCUCCUCAAGGAUGACAGUCUUCGCCAGGUGUUUGAAAAAUCGAUGCGCGUCGCCGUGCAAGCUAUCGAGGACAAGGAGCAAUCGAAGUGGGCCACAAAAGAGCAGGAUUUGAAGGCACUCCAUCAGAUCGAGAUGGCAAGUGCCCGGGCCAAACUUGAUACCUCUGAGAAGAAGGUUCAGGAACUCGAACCAUACAAGGAAUGCUAUGACGGCGACAAAUCACCUCAAGAGUAUGAGGAGUAUAUCGCCGACCUAGUGGCUGAUCUGGAUAGAACCAAUGAAAAGGUGAACCACCUCCGUCAGAAGCACAAAGCUCAUCGUCUCCGCCUUAUGCAGGCUACUACCGCAUUAGCAACCGAGUUCCAACUAUUGUACCAGACAUGGGGGAACCAAAUGACCGAAUUGAGCUGUCUAGCGAAGAGUGCCUGGAAGGGUUUUACUUGGAUGUUCGCCAAAGCUCCACAGGUUGGAGCGCCUCAGGGUAUGCAGCAGAUGAAAGCAGAGGUCUUCAGACUCGUAGGUCUCGAUGGAGAUGGACGACAACACGUAGAUGAAGAGUGGUGGCGUCAUCCAGAGGAGGUCCCAAAGAUCCAACAAAUCGGUGCGAUUCUAGAAGUCCUUGCAGAGGAGCCGGAUCCGUUUGAUGAGGACUUUCUAGCUGACGACGAGGAGAUUGGUUCAGGCUUCGAAAUGAAUGACCGAGAUGAUACUGAUGAGGAAGAUCAUGGUGAUGAUGAUGAUGCUCCAGCUGGUGUCCGAGGUGAGCAACAAGACCGGAUGAAUUUACGAGAAGGAGGUGAAGCCGUGAAUGAUGAUGGGGGAGAGCCUACCUACGACCCACCCACGAGCGAGGGUCAAAAGGAUGAUCGAGAAGAUAUUGGAGCGUAUGGAGGAGAGAUGAAUGGGAGUCAGCAUCAUGCUUAUAACCGUUCACAGGAAGAUGAUGCUCCAGGAGGGAAGAAGUUUGCUCCUUUGGCCCGCGAGAAGCAGCACGCUGAGUCUAGAGUGACAUCAGAAGACGCUACUCCUAGCGUCACGCGGCCUUCGUUUAGCUCAGUCGCCGAUGAUAUUGAGCGUUGCCCUGCCUGGGAAGGAAAUCAAGCGAGCUGUGAAUAUGAUCUUGUGCAAAAGCUCUAUCCUUUUGCCGAGCGAAAGCGGCCACAACCGAAGGUGCGAUACCUUGUGGAUGGAGACAAACCCAAUGUUCCCCUCGAUCGAGAGGCUUUCCUAAGAUUGGCAGAGGCUGAGAUCACAAACGAUGAACUCGAAGACAACGUUACACAGUUAAGAGCAAAUGAAAUCAGGUAUAUAUGCCCACAUUUGGUCGUUGGUCGGGAGAGAAGAAAUUGCACGAUGAUGUAG